CACUGAUCUCUUCUUCUGAUCAUCGAUCAAGAAGAAGAAGAAGAAGAAGCGAUCGAUAUGGCGGCGGCGAAGUUGCCGGGGUCGAAGUUCUCGGUGCCGACGAGGACAGUGGCGAAGUUGCGGCACGCCAAUGGAGGUGUAGGCAAAAGGGUUUCGCUUUUGGACACGCUCCAGAUCUUCAAUUCUGAGAAUUUCGAUUCGGAGGCGUAUGUUCGUUCUAAGUGCGGACGCAUGAGUGAGGAGGAAAUAGGAAGGUUCAGGUCUUAUUUACUAGAUUUGAAGGAGGGCUCAGUUGAAGAACAGCGUAGAAGUUUUUAUACCAACUAUGAUGCAUACCUAAGAACAUCAAAGGAAUUGUCCAAUAUAGAAGGAGAUCUCCUGUCCAUGCGUAACUUGCUUUCUACUCAAGUAGCUCUGAUUUGUGAAUUAACAGAAGGAAAUCCUGUUGAAUCCUUGUGUGCUGAUUCUGGAGGAUUUGUAGAGGAUGAUUUGUCAAACUUUGAGUAUCGAGAGCCUUCUUAUGUAGAUAAACUGUGUACUGAGUUAGCUGAUAAGCUUGAAAUUUUGGUAGCUGAGAGGAGAGUUGAUGAAGCUUUGGAUGCUCUGGAUGAAGCUGAACUUGUUGCUGCGGAAGCAAAAGCAAAUCAAACCCCGAGGCCAGCUGAACUCCUUUCAUUACAAAUUACUAUUACUGAAAAUCGAAGAAAGCUAGCAGAUCAGCUUGCUGAAGUUGCUUGCAAGUCUUCUGCACGUGGUAUCAAAUUUCAUGGAGCUCUCUUGGCUCUUAGAAGGCUUGGAGAUGGUCCCCGUGCCCAUAAAUUGCUACUUAAUGGCCAUCACGAAAGGCUUCAACUUAACAUGAAGAGUAUACAGCCAACUAGCACUUCUUAUGAAGCAUACACGAAUGCUCUAUCACAGCUAGUUUUCUCUGCCAUUGCUCAAGCUAUGCAUGAUUCCCAGGCUUUCUUUGCUGAUGAAUCAGCAUAUGCAUCAGAAUUGGUGCAAUGGUCCACUAAGCGGGCAGAAGCUUUUGCGGAGCUUGUGAAGAACCAUGUAUUAGAUUCUUGUGCAGAUGAUGGGGGCUUGAGGACUGCAACAGAAUGCAUUCAGACUGCUCUUGGACAUUGCUCAUUGUUGGAAGCUCAGGGUUUCUCACUUUCUUGGCUUCUCUUGCAACAUUUCGGACCCAUUGUUGAAGAAGCCCUAGAUGCUAAUUUAAAGAUAAUUGAAGGGCAUACUGCUGAACUAGCUGCUGCAGAUGAUUGGGUUCUUAUACAUCCUCCAAGCUUACUCUCAUCCUAUAAAACAUCUAGCACAGCUGCUGGAAGUCAACCUAAACUUUCCAAAAGUGCACAUUGUUUCCACUCUAUGGUCCAGGAUCUUCUUGAGGAUGCAAGGCCACUUCUAAGCACUCAAUUUGCUGGUUCCACAUUGGAUGGCUUCUUCAGAGUAUUUGAUUCCUAUAUCAACUUGCUGAUAAAUGCCUUGCCAUGCUCAGUUGAGGAUGAGGCAAAUAUUGAAGUUUCUGGAAAUAAAAUGGUUAGUGUGGCAGAAACUGAGGAACAACAGUUAGCAUUGCUGGUAAAUGCAUCAGUAUUGGCAGAAGGGCUUCUCCCUCAAGCUGCUACAAAGCUUGCCCCUAUUUUUCAGGAUAGUAAUUCUCGUCAAACAACUUCAGAUAGAUCCAAUUUUUUGUCAGAAAUAAGAAAAUGGAAAAGAAAGUUACAAUGUAGUGUUGACAGAUUGCGAGUUAGCUUCUGCAAUCAGCAGAUGUUUGCUCUUAUCUUAACUGAAUGUGGCGAUUGUCUUUUCAAUGCCGAAAUGUAUCUAAAUAUCGAUGGAAGAAUCGAUGAUCCUGAGUGGUCACCGUCACCUGUUUUUCAGGAUUUAUUCAGAAAACUGAGAAGGAUGGCAAGCAUAGCUGCUGAUAUGUUUGUAGGAAGGGAAAGAUUUGCUAGCUUGUUAAUGAUGAAAGUCCUACAGACAUUCAUUUCUUUGAUUUCUGAUGAUCAUGAAUUUUGGGCAGUAAUUGAAAAGGGGCCAAGACCUUUGGGUCCUCUCGGCCUUCAACAGUUUUAUUUAGAUAUGCAGUUUGUACUUGCUUUUGGACAAUCCCGGUUCCUCUCACGACAUGCAUGUCAACUUAUCAAGGACAUCAUUGAAAGAGCAAUGGUUUCAUUUUCUACAACAGGAAUGGAUCCAGACAGUGUGCUUCCUGAUGAUGAUUGGUUUGUUGCAAUUGUUCGAGAAACUGUUAAUUUAAUAACCGGAAGAAGCAGAACGGGCACCUCUGAUAGAGAUGUUAGCAGCCCAACUGCUUCUCUAUCAGCACUGUCAUUAUCAUCUUUCAGAUCUCUUGGGAGUUCUAACUUUUGACUUGCAAAGUUAAAAGAUUAAAAUUUUGGUCAUUGCAUACACAUUACCUUUGUGGGACAUUGA